UGUGACCAAUUUCUUUUUCGUACACGCUAAAUUGUGUUGCACGUGUAUUUAGCGAUUCCGCUUGAUAUCUAUUAAACAUGGAUAAACCUAACGUUCUUGCCCGUGUGGUUAAAGUUCUAGGUCGUACCGGUUCCCAGGGACAAUGUACCCAAGUUAAGGUCGAGUUCAUCGGAGAGACCAGUCGUCAAAUCAUCAGGAAUGUUAAGGGUCCAGUGCGUGAUGGAGACAUUCUGACGCUACUGGAAUCUGAGCGUGAAGCUAGAAGACUAAGAUAAUCAGAUUGCUAGCACCUCUAGGUUAAGGCUUUCUAUGUAUCAACUAUGUAAUCCAAAUUUUAAGUGAACUACAAAACCGUCAAAGAUACCAUAAUUACUAUUCAGCUUGUUAAAUAAACCUUUAAAUACA